AUCGGACGCUGAGGACGUGAGGUGUUUGCCGAUUGGCGGAGAAAUCCAGUGGGCGGAGCUUUGUGGUUUGCCUAUUUAAGGCUUUGUUCCAUUGUUGCUGCUUGUGUUUUCCAGCUGGGUCCGGCUCAGGGGGGGUGAUAGUUGCAUAGUGGACUUAACAGUUUGAGGAUACCACUUUUUUUUGCACUUUAUUACUCAACACUCUUAAAAAAAAAAAUGUCGUUCUCUUGCGGUCAUUCUUUGGAUGGGAGCUUCCCUCCUUCCCCGGCGGAGGACAAGGGCUCCAAGCGUCUGUCCUGGGGCAGACUGCUGCAGAGGCUCGCCGAGCUGAAGGGUUUCAACCAGAAGCUUUCCACACAGCAGUGCAACAGUGAAACUGGCUCUGUGGCAGAUAUGUCCCUGUCAGAGUCUGAGAACAGCUUCUUCUGCUACCCCCUGGAGGAGACCCUCGCUGCAGACGUUGUAGCCACGAUUGCACAAUCCCUCCACCAGGCGUCCCACCUCCUGGGCUGUUGCACACUCAUCAUCCCAGACCCUUUGCUGCACCACAUGGGUCAAGAACUGGUCCACCUGGCGGUCAGCGAGCCCUGCGGCCUGAGGGGAGCACUCAUCGACCUGUGCGUGGACAAGGGGGACCCGGGUGAGCCGUGCACUGUGGAUCAAAUCGCAGUGGACGCGAGCUUGGUGCCCACUUUCCACGUCACGCUGGUGCUGAGAGCGGAGUCUGGGGGAUUGUGGCCUAAGGUGCAGAGAUUCUUUAAAUCGGAGAGGACGUGCGAGACGCCUGCGAGGCAGUCUGUGAGACUGAGCUCCAGUUUCAGGGCCAUGAAAAGGAAGUUGUAUUGUUCCGGGGAGCUGCUCAUUGAAGAGUGCUGCUGAUCGCCACACACACUCCUACCUCUGAGGACUUAAAAAAAAAAUGGCACCAAGCGCACCAUCCUCAACUUGUACUUGCAAACAAGGCAGCUCAUCACCUGCGGGUGUAUCUUUUUUAAAAAAAUGUAAAAGACAUAUAAUUGCUCUCUCAAAUGUUAUCGCUUUUUGUACUGGAAAUAAAUUAUUUUCUAUAGUAGCGUGUGUGGUCUCUGGCAUUGAAUACAUUUCCCAU